GUGAUUGGAGAUCCACUUGGCGUUUGAAUUUCAGAUUUCUUAGUUAAUUAAGAACACCAAAAGCUUAAUCCAAAUCAUUAAGAGAGUUCGAUCGUUAAUGAUGAUGAUGAGGAUUGAAGUUUGCAGUCCAGAAGCUAAGCUUGGUAUGAAAGUUGAAGAUCUAUGGGACGAACAAGAACCGCAACUUACUCCCACUGAAAAACUCAACGCUUGUUUCGAAAGCAUUCCCGUCUCCUCCUUUCCCCAAGCUCCGUCUUCUCACAUUGCAGAGAUAAGUUCAGAUGCUAGUUUAGCUGAAACGGUUCAAUUACUAUAUCAACACAAACUUCUAUGCGCACCUGUAGUAGAUUGUGAUGCAUCUGAGGACGCUACAUGGAUUGAUAGAUAUAUAGGCAUGGUUGAAUUUGCCGCCAUUGUUGUCUGGAUUCUUCAUCAGUCUGAAAGAGAUGACGAUUCAUCUCCAACCUCUGAAUUAUGUGGUACAUUCUCUACUGGAUUCUCAGAAUCACCAACAACAAGUUCUGCAAUUACAGCUGCAGCACAUGAAUUAUCAUCUCCAAGAAAACUUGGCACUUUAAGCCCUAGAUCUGCUGCUAUAACUUCAGGAAAUUUUUUCAAAGCCUUAACAAACUCCGAAUUCUAUAGAAACACUAAGGUUAGAGAUGUCUCGGGUUCAUUUCGAUGGGCUCCAUUUCUGGCAUUACAGAAAUCAAACUCGUUCCUGACAAUGCUAUUGCUUUUGUCAAAGUAUAGAAUGAAAAGUAUUCCUGUAGUGGAUUUAGGUGAAAAGAAGAUUGAUAAUAUUAUAACUCAAUCUGCUGUAAUUCAUAUGUUAGAUGAAUGUUCUGGUCUUCAAUGGUUUGAUAGUUUGUGUACUAAGAAGUUAUCUGAAAUCGGUCUUCCAUUGAUGAAUGCUCGUUAUAUGAUUAAGGUUGACGAAGAUGAUCCGGUUCUGCAGGCGUUUAAGGUGAUGAGACGACAAGGAGUAGGUGCAGUUCCUGUUGUUGAAAGUAAUAGCAGAAUAGCUAUAGGCAACAUAAGCAUAAGAGACAUACAAUUCCUUUUGGUUGCACCAGAAAUCUACAAAGAUUAUAGGUCAAUCACUGCCAAGAAUUUCCUGACAGCAGUGAAGCGAUACAAGGAGGAACAACACGAACCAUGUUUGACAAACGGAAUGGUUUCUUGUAAAAAAGAUGAUACAUUGAAAGAGGUGAUUUCUGUGCUCAAUUCUAAUAAGAUACAUAGAAUAUAUAUGGUUGAUGAUGAUGGGAAUUUGGAGGGUGUUAUAACUCUUAGAGACAUUAUCUCGAGGCUUGUACACGAACCUCAUGGUUAUUUUGGUGAUUUCUUCGACGGUGUUAUACCACUACCAGCUAACAGUAGGGUCUGAAAAUGAUUAUAUAUAUGGUGUGAUAAUUCUUGUUUCUAUUGUUCUGAUUUUUGCUUUUAGUGUAGAUUGGAAUUUGAAGAGUUUUUGUAAUGUGCAUGCA